AUAUACGUAAACUCACUAUCCACUAGUUGCAAUUGGCUAUUCGUCGGGAAAGGAUUUAAAAGGACGUUCGAUGUGAAAAGUGAAAAAGCACUUUUAUUUUAUUAUAAGUGAAUAAUUUUCGCAUUAUGUCUCCAUAAAUAAUUUGACAAAAUGGCUGGAAUAGAAUUGAUUUUGGCUGCGAUUUGUCUGAAUUCAACAUGCCUAACGGAUACAUCUUUAUCAACAACGGCUACAAGCUUCAUAUCAAAUGAAACUUCAUCACUUGCGGAAAAAGAAAGAAAUUUAGCAAACUUACGUAAUGCAUUGAAUGGUAACCAUCUGAAAGUAGCUACUUUAGAAGAUUAUCCUUUAAGUUAUACGAACAAAGCCAAUGGAACAGUGAUUGGAAAAGGAGUUUCUUUCGAUAUUGUUGAUUUUCUUGCUGAAAAGUUUAAUUUUACCUACGAUGUUGUUGUUCCGGACAAAAAUAUAAUCGGAUCGAGCACGGAUUUGAGUGGGAGUUUGAUUGAAAUUUUACGAAAUCAGAGUGCCGACAUCGCAGCUGCUUUUGUACCACAUUUAGCUGACUUACGACAAUAUAUAUGGUUUUCAACAACUCUAGAUGAAGGCGAAUGGACAAUGGUAAUGCUUCGUCCAGCUGAAUCUGCUACAGGAUCUGGCUUAUUAGCUCCAUUUGAAACAGCUGUUUGGAUAUUGAUUAUAGUCUCUUUAUUUGCGGUGGGCCCUAUUAUCUAUGGUCUGAUCAUUCUACGAAAUAAAUUGACUGGCGAUGAUUCACAAAAGCCAUAUUCACUAAGCCAUUGUGCAUGGUUUGUGUAUGGAGCAUUGAUGAAACAGGGAAGCACACUGUCGCCAAUUGCAGAUUCAACACGUUUGCUAUUUGCAACCUGGUGGAUAUUCAUAACAAUACUGACAUCUUUUUACACCGCAAACUUAACCGCCUUCUUAACAUUGUCAAAAUUCACAUUACCAUUUAAUAGCGUUGAUGAUAUAGCCCGGCGGGAGAAGCAUUUUGUUGCCCAAAGAGGAGGUGGUAUUGAAUACGCUAUAAAAAACGAUGGUGAACUUCUAAAUAUACUCAGUAAAAUGGUCGCAAAAAAUCGGGCAUAUUUCACAAUGGGACUUAAUGAUACUGAGACCUUAAUGGAUUAUGUUGAGAAAAAAAAUUACGUAUUCGUAAGAGAUAUGCCAGCAAUGAAGCACAUGCUCUAUCUUGAUUAUCGCUACAGGAAGCAAAUCAGUAUGACUGAUGAAAAAAUCCAUUGUCCGUUUGCAGUUUCGAAAGUACCAUUCAUGCGUAAGAAACGGUCGUUCUUAUAUCCACUUCAAAGCAAGUGGUCGCCGCUAUUUGAACCAGAAAUUCUUAACCUUGUUGAAUCGGGCAUAGUAAAGUUCCUAAUAGGGAAAAAUUUGCCAAAAGCCGAAAUAUGUCCACAAGAUUUAGCUGGAACUGAAAGACAACUGCGUAACGGCGAUCUAAUGAUGACCUACUACAUUAUGUUAGCAGGAUUUGUAACAGCGAUUGUGGUAUUUGGUAGUGAAUUGAUAUUCCGCAUUGUCAAUGAACGUGUAGCAGCAAAGCGGACAUUAACCAUUGGAAACUUCGAAACCCGGAAGGACAAAUCAAAGAAAAUAGUCAUGGGAAAAGAUGUGACACCGCCUCCUACAUACAAUUCAUUAUUUUUCAGACAUGGGAAACAAGCGACAGAUUUUAAUGUAUCUCAAUCGCAACAUAACUUUGAGGAUUCUUUCCAUGGAAAAAGACGAAUCAUUAACGGACGUGAUUAUAUGGUUUACGAAGGAAAUACGGGUGAAAAGAGGUUGGUUCCUAUGCGGGUACCAUCUGCAACAUUAUUUCAAUAUUCGUACACAGAAUAAAUUUGUUUUCAUUUCAAACGCAUUCAAAGGCUGAUACUUCCCCUCUGUGCAAUUAUACCUUUAUUUUCCAAGUACUGUUUGAGGAAUUUUUGACUUUAGUUUGCGUGUGUACAAAUAAAAAAGUGACUAAUAA